AUGAGUAGUGGCAGCUCCCGCCAGCGCUCCGCGACUAGAUCUGAUACCCACGACCGAAAUUCGAGCCCAUUUCCAUCCGUCCCACGGUCGAGAGACGAGAUUCACAACCUCGACGGCCUCGUCUUUGACCAUUUGCCUACCAACUACGCCGUUCCUAGCGCCAAACCUGCGCCCCUCUCGCUGAACAACAAGUCUUCCCAAUCCAGCUUUCUUUCCGUCGGCGGUUCCCGCCCAAGAGCCGCGACUGCGAGCUCCGUCCCGACCACUCCUCUACUCGGUCACGACGCCGCGAGGCCAGCUACCAGAGCUGGCCCGCCUUCGAAACCCUUCGGCAUGUAUCAAAACGGUCAACGACAUGUCUCGGCCGCCGACUCCUCGAGGCCUUUCCAGGUCCCUCCGCCGCCACCGCCCAUGUCGCCGCCCGUCCAAGGCCAGAUGAACAACAUGAUGUCCAUACCACCCCCUCCACCUCGCUUCCCUUCUGCUCCCGGUGCGACUGGCGCCGGUGGUGGUAUGAUGCUGCCGCCUCCGCCGGGCCCACCACCGGGAAGUGCAAUGGCAGGUCAGGCGCCAUGGCACGGUGCGUUCGGGCGCAUGUACGACGGUCGCAAUGGCUUCGGCGUGCCCCCUCCCCCGCUGGGACAACAUCAGGCCUAUAAUCCGAAGCUGCACGCUCAAGUCGCGACCGGCACGAACCUGUCGAUCCCGCCUCCCCCCCCUCCAAGCGACCACGCCACGGUCAUGUCCGCAACAUACAUACCUCAAGGAGAUACAUAUGGUGAAGGAGUGGGAAUUCCAGGUCUGGGUGGCUUUGACGAAUCGUCAACAUUCUCGACAAUAUCGCAGAGUUCAUGGCCGACGAACAGCCAAAACAGUGCUGACACGACCAUGACGACACCCCAAGAUGAAAUAUCUGGACGGGACAGGAUGUAUGCCCAGGCCAUGCACAGCCGAGGGCUUUCGCAAGCGUCGAACACUACAACAUCGAGCAUUCACCCUGAUCUGGCUGCCCAGUGGCCUUUGGAAAAGGUCUUGCUUUGGCUUGCUUCCAACCAGUUUUCUAAGGAUUGGCAGGAGACCUUUAAGGGGCUGAACCUUCACGGAUCCCACUUUCUUGAGCUUGGCAGCGCCCACGGAGGCCGAGGGAACUUUGGCAUGAUGCACCAACAAGUGUACCCCAGGCUCGCUGUAGAGUGCACAAACAGUGGAACUGGAUGGGAUCAACCAAGGGAACGUGAGGAGGGAAAGAGAAUGCGGCGUCUUAUUCGAAGCAUCGUGACCGGCCGGCCGGCCGACCCGUCCAAGGUAUCUUCACACGGCAGGAAGGAGUCUGUAAGCCACGGCAAUAGCCUACCCAGCGCGGGAACUGAUGGUGCAGACUCUCCCAACGUGAGUAUGAUAGUUCGUCCGGGUGAAAUCUCGAAGGCUGAUGAACGGCAGACGCCAAUCAAAGCGCCAGGCCCUGGAUUUGGCGGUAGACGAUUCUCACAAACUAGAUCCACCACCAUGCCCACGCUGAACAGCACCAUGAGUUCAGAUUCUAAUCAUAGGACUAUCCUGAAGCAGAUUGAUGUAGACGGUGGUCGACGUCAUAGCCCGAACGCCAGCGAACCCGGCGAUACCUUCCGCCCGCCACCGCCCCUGCGGACUGAUAGCCCGAAUGGGAGCCCGAAGCCCCAGAGUGCUUCUCUGUUUGCUUCCUCGGCAGGCAAUUUGUCGGCGUCCCCACAUUCGGCCAAAUUCGGGCACAGGUCACGGAACAGCACCGACUCCGUAUCUUCUAAUGCUGCCAUCUAUGGUUCUGGGAUACCUCCCGAGGCCAGUCAAAUGCUGCGCAGCGGUAUGAAUAUCGCAGACAUGAUCCAGGCUACCCGUAACAACACUGAGAGCCGGCGGUUGGGUCAGGACGGCGGGCGUCCGUCCCCUCAAGAGUCUAACGGCGACCGCUCUGCUGGUACUGAGCCCCCAUCAUCUGCCAAGGACUCUAAGAGUUUCCUCAGCUUUUUAUCCAGAAAGAAGAAACAAAAGGAAGACGGCUUUCCCAGUCCUGACGAUAUGGAAUCACCCACUUCACCGGCCCUUACUUUCAAGCCCCAUUCCUUUGGCUCUCGUUUUGCCAACAACAGUGAGACCUCUUUGGACCUCCUGCAUGAGAAGGACGGUACGCGAACAAGGCGCUCUGGACCGGGGAGGACCUUCGUUCUGGCCACCAUGGACGGGUACAACUAUCGUAUGUGCGAUAUCACAGACGCGGAAUCGGCAACGGACCUUCGCCAGAUUAUUUGCAGCAAUUUGGGGUUGAUGGAUGCCUUGAACUCGCAAAUUUAUCUGACGGAGCUUGGUAAAUUCGAUCACGAACAGCCUCUCGAUGACCAAAAACUUAUUACCAGCCGUAAGGUCAGGGCUGAUGCUACGGGGUCUCUCAAAUUCUUUAUUCGCCCUGCCGGCUUUGUGCCUCAGGGUUCAAGCAAGGCUAACGGCGCACCGACACACACAUCUCUCGAUGAAGAAGCUUACAACCGCUUAAAUGGUGUCUCGAGGACGAGGUCGAGCUCAUCGCCGCCGACAUCAAGGCAAAACACAAUGACAGGUGAGAGAGUGGACGAUAAGAUGCUCGCGCAGGAGGCAAAUGAUUAUCGUGCCGAAAUGGAACGGAAGCAACGAGAGUAUCUUGAGAAGAGGAGACGAGCAGCGUUGAAGGAUGGAUCUGGAAACGCUUCAGAAGGCGUAUCCACUCCCUACGGCAUCCACGGCCGAACUGUUGACUUUGACCAGCCACGCCAGUCGCCGUACGAGGACAAGAAACCAGAAGUUCUCUUCCCCGUGCGCAAACCGCCUGCGCCACCUAGUGAUGGGUCAGCAACUUUGCUAAAGGCAAAUUCCUUAAGUAAAAAGACAGGACAUUCAAUGCGCGCGUCUGAUGGUGGAACUGCGCCGCGACGACCCUCUACCCUGUUCGAAGACAUGGAGCUUCCGGGCCAGAUCCAGGAUAAGAAGAAGAAGACAAACAGCCAACCUGUCGGCGGUAUAGGUGCUGCUCUCGUUGGCAUGGGCAGAGGCCUCGGAGCAGUCGGCCACUCGAAUAACCGGAUACCCAAGUCGCCCAACAGAGUAUCUUCGCAACCAGUUAUGAGCGGCGAUUACUCAGACCGAGGUAAGGGAGCAAUGUCUUCGGUAGACUUCGGCAAGUCCUGCUCGGAUCGAGGCAGUCCUCGCUCGGCGUCUGGCUCACCUGGCACUCUCACAUGGAGUCGUGGGAAUUUGCCCUUCGUCGUGCCUGACUAUUCUCCCGGCGGGACUCCGUUUACUAUGAAAGCCGUAAAAGGAUCUCAAAAUGGUAUGGUCGCUAAGUUAAACUCAACAGUACACCGGGUGCCUUCUCGUGAGAUUAGCCCCAGCUCCUCCAACCCACCCCACAUACCCCCGAGUACACAAGCCCCGCCCCCUCGUCGCAAGUCUCACGGCCCUGAUUUUGACUUCCUCGGACCGGAAGUCAGCUUUGAUAAGCCACCUCCUGCUCAGCGGGAUGAUGACUCUGGAGAUGAUUCAGAUGAUGGGUUGUUUGCUAUCCCCAUCGCCAAGCCGACAAAGAUUACGCGCAUUUUCGACGGUGACGAUUCGCCGGAUGAAGCACAAGACAAGAGACCAAACUUGACGGUGAACACUGCCAAGUCCAAGAAGAAGGCUUCUGUUUCGUUCAACUCGCCAAAGUCUUUUGGUAAUGGUGGCUCUAGCAAAGAAGGAGAAGAAGAUGAGGCUCUAAUGAGCGCACGGAGCGGAAGAAGCUCUCGAAGAACCCCUAACACACCUGGCUCAGAAGGCUGGGAGUCGGAAGACAGCAAGUUAAGUCGCAGAAAGUCGUUUGUAGAGAAAGACGUCUGGGCCAAUCGUCCUACUACCGACGCCCUUAUCAACAACCUGGAUGAUUUCUUCCCCAACUUGGACCUUGAUCAACCGGUUCUGGAGGAAGGUUCCGAAGAGCCAUCGCCUCCAUCUCCGAUAGCUGAGGCAGAGGAGAAGGAAACCGCACCGGGCCCCUCGGCGCAUCCCCAAUCGCCGCCACCGAGCUUGCGUGUGGCUAUGGGCACCGCCAACCGGUCAUUCUAUAACGACAGCGAUACUCUGGGCUCAGACGAGUCAACCCUCAAGGCCCUUGAGCGGCCAGCUUCAGUUGCAUCCGUUGCGCAAAGAAGUGUCAGACGCUCAGGUGGCCUUGGCCGUAUGAAAUCUAUCCGUGAAGUUGCUCGUGGCGCUCAUGAGGCCAACAAGCGGUUUACUACCACAACAACACAACCUGGCCAGAAUGGCCAAAACACCUCCGCAUUGAUGAGGAGGAAGAGCACAAAGAUGUUCAACGCCAAUAUCGUGCAGAUUCGUCCGGACCAGCGGGGCAGCAUGGUUAUGCCCCAGAUCCCUCAGGACACUUUGCCCAAACGCCAGACCACAUUCCGUUGGUUCAAGGGUCAACUUAUUGGCAAGGGUACAUAUGGUCGUGUUUACCUCGGUAUGAAUGCUACCACAGGAGAGUUCUUGGCCGUCAAGGAAGUCGAGGUCAACCCCAAGGCAGCACAAGGCGACAAGGCCAAGAUGCGGGAGCUGGUCGCGGCCCUGGACCAAGAAAUCGAGACCAUGCAGCAUCUGGACCACGUCAACAUUGUGCAGUACCUUGGUUGUGAACGCAAGGAAACGUCGAUCAGUAUCUUUCUUGAGUAUAUCUCUGGUGGUAGCAUUGGAUCUUGCCUGCGAAAACACGGCAAGUUUGAGGAGUCGGUCGUCUCAUCGCUCACACGGCAGAUGCUUUCCGGGCUCGCCUAUCUCCACAGGGAGGGCAUCUUACAUCGUGAUCUGAAGGCCGACAACAUCUUGUUGGAUCUUGACGGCACCUGCAAGAUUUCGGAUUUCGGUAUAUCGAAGAAGACGGAUAAUAUUUACGGCAACGACAAGUCGAACUCAAUGCAGGGUUCGGUAUUCUGGAUGGCACCCGAAGUCAUCCGCUCCGAGGGUAAGGGCUACAGCGCCAAGGUCGAUAUCUGGAGCUUGGGAUGCGUCGUCUUGGAGAUGUUUGCAGGUCGACGGCCCUGGUCCAAGGAGGAAGCUGUAGGAGCCAUUUACAAGAUUGCGAAUGGAGAGACACCGCCCAUUCCGGAUGAGGUCCGGGAAACAAUCAGUCCCUUGGCGAUCGCCUUCAUGCUGGAUUGUUUUACUGUAAAUCCUCUGGAGCGGCCAACAGCAGAUGUGCUGCUAUCGCAGCAUCCAUUCUGCGAGCUGGAUCCCAAUUACAAUUUUUUCGACACCGGCUUAUAUACAAAGAUUCGCGGUAAAGACGUCUAG